GAACACAAGACAGCAUCAUCAUAUCCAUCAUCCAUUUCCCGCUUCUUGUUUGCCACGCCGCACGCCCGCGCCCAUCAAAAGAAAGCAUCCCCUUCAUAGACUCGUCUGACUUUCCGCGUCUGCUGGAAUAUUUCUUCUAUCGUUCCAGAUUCUCACACUCGUUACAGCAAGAACAGUGCUGUGCUUCUUCCCACUGAUCUCCUUACCCUCUCAAAUUCGCCUUUGUUAAUUACCACGCACCGCAUAUGCUCCUUUUUUCUCGAACAGCAAAUUUGGGGUCCUGUACAAACAUAGCCCAUCACUCGGAACCGGCCGGGGAUUUUCGGGUAGCUCAUGUCCAGUGAUGACGGGAAAAUCUGCAAAUAAACGCGAACGAGGUUGAAUCAUUCUGGAUUCUGGCUUUUGGGCCUGGGAGCUUCGUCGGGCACUGUGGGGGCCGCCAACGGCCUGCGAUUGCAUCUGAUCGGUGGCAUUUACUGUACGAAUACAGAUGCUGUUUUAACUGAUGAUGCUGAUGAUUUCUCUUCAUUUUCAUCUUUCUACGUACGCUGGAGCACUACCAGAAGGCUUGAAACUGCCCCCCUGCUUCAUGGGAGUUUGUUAUUCAACCGUGAGUCCGAGAUUCCACUUCUAGGGCCCCAUUGGCACGCUUCAUCGUUCCUCACUUGACCAAACUGGGGUCCACCAUGCUGCAUGUUUUGAAUGGGCAUGAUUCAUCGCACCAGGCUGCAGACCUAUGUCAUCUGCGGCAUCCCUUCACAAUUCAGCCAUUUCUAAAUACCACCCUUGACUGUCGCACCCCUCGCAAUUGACUUAUUUGCCAUCCUUUAGCAUCGUUCUGGCGAUUGCUGUUGUGAUAACGACUGCUGUGGGCCUUGCUGUGACUUUUGUUGUGACCGAAGAAGCUAUAGGCCAUACAUCGGGGAACCUCGUGUUUCGCCCACUCUUGUGGCUCCCCUGCAUCCCUUUGCUCACUCUGUUAUCGUCCAGCCAGUACCCAUACCACCUUCUCUCAUAGUGUAUCCGCCACCAACAAACCUGUCAAACGCUCAAACGCCACGAGUACACCAACCUUCUGUCCUGAUUCCACCACCCUCUGUAUAUCCUCGUCAUACGGUGUAGGAAUAUUAUCCUGAAUGGACCUUACGUGGUCAGCCAUCUACAUGAAAUAGAAAGGAAAACAGCCAGAAACAAGGCCGUCCUACCAGGAGAUACUCGCGAGACGAACGCCAGCACAACAGCCGAUAAAAUAGACCUCAGAAAGAAUUUGACACCUGAACGUCACAUUUACCGACGGGAGUUUUUACCUGCACCUUGCCGUUCUGUUCUGGGCAGUAGGUUACAUCACCUAGAAAAGUCUGGAGAUCCGACGAUUUGACAAUUUGCUUGGGACUUUCAGCCAACGUCAGUAUACAAUCCCAAUUCCAAGGAAAAAUUGAUCACCAACCCUCCACAUCUCAGCCGCCUAGGCAAACAUCACCCUUCCCAUACAUCUAGUGUUCAUUCCAACUAUCACCGCUGAAAGUAUCUUUAGUUUAUUUUAUCAAUAUCACCCCUUUUUAUACACAGCCUUUGCCAGAUCAUGACUCACGGCAGGAAUUCAAGCUUGUAUUCGAUCAAGGGCCAUUCAAGCACCCCUUCAACUGAUCAUCUUAUGGUUCCUGUUCGUGCAGACACUGCCACCGAACGUCACAGGCGAGAGUCUAUUGACACUAUAAGCCGAGAGAGAAUGCAGCUGCAGCACGCGCCGAUGAACGCCCAUCAACAUCUUGAAAGCCCCCAGGAAAGGCAUAAUCGCAGGCGCAAGCUUUCCUCUACGGAAACUGUAUAUCCUUCGUCCGACGCCGCUAAGAAAGCUCUUCAAUCGCAGAGGGCAGCUAAUCCGAAUCAUCGUAGGGUGCCAACGCCGCAUACGUCUCGGCGCAGUCGUUCACAUGAACGGAUGAUCCAAAAAAUGUCGUCCGACCGAUCAAUCCGCUCAAGAGUUUCCUUUGAUUCCACCAGGUCGCGAGGAACCCGUUCAAACCUCGAAUACGAGUCUGAUGAUGGCUACUCUACUGGCAUCGAUGACUCAAGUUUAGGGAUCAUUAACGGAAUUGGCCCGACGGGAGAACCUGUUGAGGUGAUAGGACUGGGUAAAAAAAAGCCUAAGCAUCGAGUUUUUCAGGCCAAUAUGUUAAAGCCGGCGUUGCGGAGUUCCACUAAACUCGCUAGUCGGAGUACUGUGAACGAAACAAACUCGGGAACAUCUUGGGGUGAAAGAUCAGACAAACCAUUACCUUCGCGACCGGUGUCUUAUGUUGGACCAGUCAUGGGCUCUCUCAGCAGCCUGAGAGAUGAUACGCGAAAUAACACUGGAUCACGUUCACGCCAUCCCUCGCACGAGGCAAACCCCAUAAAUUACCAUUCGGAGAGGAGAUCUGACCCGCCCACGAAGACUCAUAACCCUAGAGCUUUAACUCAUGCAAGGAGCUCUUCUCAACCUACCGGUCUUGGGCUGCGCUCACUUUUUUCCAAUAUUUCCUUGACCAAUCAGUCCCCCUCUACUUUCACAUUACUUUCUUCUCGCCAUUCAUUCAUCACACCUGCCGAGAAUCUCCUUGACUAUCUUCGACUAGCCAAGAUACCUUCCUGGGAUCGAUGGCCGGGAAGAGGGGCGAAAAAUGGUUUUUGGAUAAUAGGCACAAGAAAAGGUUGGGGGGAAAUGAGCUGGGAGUGGCAUAGACGCUUAGAAGAAACAGAACGGGCUCGAAAUACUCGAGUCCUGGUUAGUUGGGAACAGAAGACAGAAUGGCAGCGGGAUAUCAUCGAUUUUCAAGCAGAAAAUGUGCCUGCCUAUCCUAUAGACAUGACGAAUAGAUGGGGCGCGCAGAUUUUCGCUCUCUCAGCAGAUGGUUAUGAUACCCUAGAAUUUUUUGACCAAUCUGUGCAUGAGUCCGAAGACAAUGGGUUACUAAGUUGGUUGACGGGUGCUCUUCUCCAAACGGCGGUGUCGACCUUGCACAUGCUUCGAUACUCUUCACAGAACUUUACGUUUCAUCUCAUUCCUUCGCCGCGCCCUCCACAUUUGCCACCCAUGUCGACAUCGCGUUCGAAGCACUUUCUCUGGGAUGGCUUUGGCUCUAUGGUGCUCGUCAACAAAAACGACGACAGGGACCGCUCGAUGUUGAUCGAAGUCAGGCCACCUAGCGUCCUAGAUUUGAGUGCUAUCAAGGAAUUUGAAAAGACGCGAGGGGGGGAGGGAUGGUGCCCUUAUGAUAAAGAGACCUGGAUUGGGGAUGCAGGACAAGCAAAUCUUCUACAGGCGCAGGUGUACGAUAGCUGUGUGCAGAACCAGGUGUAUUUCUUUGCUGUUACCAACCUAAGAUACUGGGUUUUUGGUCAAUUCAAUGCCGGUUAUACCUCGUGCACUGUUGGGCCUGCAAUUGACAGGAAAAGCAGAGAGCCUUCCUUGAUGCAGUGCCUAACAGCAUGGGUCAUCCGUUCUGUAGACGAACGUCCCAAAGCUCAGCAUAGCGAACGUCGUCCCACCACUCCCACCACUUCACACCCUUCGCGCACUCCUCGUUUUCAUCAGUCUCUUCGCCCAAUGGACACACAUGCACCGCCUUACACUGAAGGGUCACGCCGUCGUAAGAAACGUCUCCAGUCACUUCCCAUCAACAACUGCUAUGAUGAUUUCAGUCCUGGCAAUCCGCCAAAUUAUUUUGUUGGGUCAAUGCAGCAAGGAAUGAACAUGAUGCCAGGCUAUUACGAUCAACCUCUUGGUCUUGGACAAGUGGCCAAUGUGCCUUACCCCCAACCAAGCUCCGCGCCUUCAAUGACUUACAGUACGGGAUGGGGGCAGAGACCCUUUUCACCAAAUGUUGGGGUGCAGAUGCCCUACAACAGUGGGUUGAGUUGGUAUGGGGGCGGCAUCUCUUGGCCAGGCAUGGGUUGAGAGAAUAUUGAGGGAUCUAUACCUGUAUAGAGUUAAUUUGACUUGGUUAUCAGGCGGGCACCAUGGGUUCUGCUUUGACUAUUUCAUGAAUGACAAUUGCAAUCGUAAGAGUUGAGAUGGGAAGGUACAUUAAUGUUUGAUAUAAUGGUACAUGCAGCACAGUGACAGAU